AUGAAUUCCUCAUCUUACGACGUUAACGUGUCCAGUAGCCUGGUUGUUCGAGACUCCCCGAGCACAGCAGUGGCUAAAAACGUGAUCAUCCUGGCUCUCGGCCUCUUCAUCAAUUACAUCAAUGGCACACUGGUUCACACCUUCAGGAAACACCAGAUAUUUUACGUGAAUCCUCGUUACAUCUUGUUCGUCCACCUGGUACUGAACGAUAUGAUCCAGCUCACCAUAACAAUCAGCCUGUUUAUCUUUAGUUAUGUCUUUUACAAAAUUAAUGCUUCCCUCUGUUGCUUCAUGAUUACCUUUGCCAUCUUCACCACCCUCAACACACCAUUAAAUUUGGCUGUAAUGGCAGUUGAAUGCUACAUCGCUAUUUGUUUUCCCCUGCAGCACAAUGAGCUCUGCACCAUCAAAAGAACGUAUAUUCUAAUAUGCUGUAUUUGGGCUUUGAGCGCAGGGUCAAUCAUACCAGACAUCUUUAUUACAUUGGCAACGGAGCCUAUGAGGCUGUUUUAUGCCAAAAUAUUUUGUGAGAGGGAUAACCUGUUCCGACACCCAAUAAGUCAAGAAAAGAGGGAGAUUUCUUAUCUAUUUUAUCUAACUGCAGUUUGGCUAACCCUGUUCUACACCUACUUCAAGAUCUUUAUUGUCGCUAAAAAAGCGAAUUCAGUGGAUGGAAAUCUAAAAAAGGCCAGGAACACGAUCCUGCUCCAUGGCUUUCAGCUGCUUCUGUGUAUGGUGACGUAUGUAGGCCCUGUUUUACAAAAGAAUCUUUUACAAUGGUUCCCGAAACAUUACAUAAACGUACUCUUUUUUAGCUACAUUGUCAUCCAGAUUCUCCCCAGGUUUAUCAGUCCCAUUGUGUACGGGCUACGAGAUGCAACAUUUAAGCAGUAUUUGAGAAAGUAUCUGCUCUGUGGAAAGAGAGCCGGUAGGAAUCUAAUUCGGUACAACCGCUCCACCAUCAUUCCAGUCCCCAAGAAACCCACCAUCACAGGACUAAAUGACUACAGGCCUGUCGCCCUGACAUCUGUGGUCAUGAAAUCCUUUGAGCGGCUGUUGGCCUACCGGGCAAACAGGUCGCUGGAUGACGCAGUCAACAUCGGACUGCAUCACAUCCUGGGUCACCUCGACACCCCAGGGACUUACGCGAGGAUCCUGUUCGUGGACUUCAGCUCGGCGUUCAACACCAUCGCUCCUGAAAUCCGCCACCAGAAGCUCACCCAGCUGGCCUUCAAUUCCUCCCAGCAACAAAAAUCUACAAAAACACAAAAUUAA